CAAUGAAGUUCUCAGCAGCCAGUAAAUGACCCUGUAGACAUCCCAGUAAGCUAAGGGAGAAAAUUUCGAUCAUCUCAACAACAUUCAGACGUUAUUUUCAACCUGAAUUACUCAACCUAGUAACUACAAUGGACAAAGCUGUGGUAUUGGCGAUGCUCCCAAAUGGAAUAAAUUAUUGCAGCGGGCUUAUUAUCCUCCCGUUGUGAAAUGAAUCACUCCACUGAUAUCAAGUACCGUCCGCGAACGAGCGAGAUAGGCUCAGUUUCUCAACUCAGUUUGUAAGUGAUGGUUGAUUAAGAAUCACGUUCCAUCGAUUUGAAAAGGCAAUUCCAUAGAGGUCAAGCGGACGACGAGACCGGUACUUGAUAAUCGAAAGAAAAAAGAAAAAAUACGAUCAGUAAAGUUGAACUGUUACCCCAACUUCAAAAUAACUCGGUUUCUAUCAUGACGUCUACACUCUGCUGGAGUCUUUUGUUGUACUCCUUGCUGAUCUCACGCAUUUUCUGUCACGACGAUGAUUAUCUUACCUUUCCUGAGGGAUUUCGUAUCGGAGCUGCAGGAGCGUCGUAUCAAAUUGAAGGCGGCUGGAACGCAAGUGAUAAAGGUCACAGUGUGUGGGAUAAUUUCACGCACAGAGAACCAUGGCGUAUUGUAGAUAAUAGUAACGGUGACAUUGCUUGUGACUCGUACCACAAAUACAAGGAAGAUGUUAAAUGGCUCAAGGAGAUUGGACUCGAUCACUAUCGAUUUUCGCUCAGCUGGUCUCGCAUCUUGCCAACUGGCUACGCUGACAAAGUCAGCGAGGAUGGAAUUCGUUACUACAAAAAUCUGAUCGACGAACUACUCCGCAACAACAUCGAACCCUUAGUCACUCUCUAUCAUUGGGAUCACCCACAGGUGAUCGAGGAACAAGGUGGUUGGAUGAACGACAUGAUAGUCAAGUGGUUUGGCGACUAUGCAAGGGUGGUAUUCCGGGAGCUUGGACCGAAGGUGAAAAUAUUUGCAACGAUAAACGAGCCAAAUUCAUUUUGCACGGAGGGUUAUGAGGAUGGGUGUAAGGCUCCAGGAAAACAACUCGCUCCGACGGGGGGUUACAUGUGCGGCCAUAACGUGUUAAAGGCCCACGCCAGAGCGUACCACAUUUACGACAGAGAAUUCCGGAAAUCCCAAAAUGGAAAGAUCGGCAUCGUGAUACCUUGCGGAGGUCAAAUAGCCAAGAAUCCGGGAGACAACGCGUCUGUCGAAACAUCAUUUCAAUUCGGCUGCGGAUGGAUGGCUCACCCAAUUUUUUCAAAAACCGGAGACUACCCUGAAGUUAUGAAGCGUAACAUCGAUCGUAACAGCAAAAACGAAGGUUACCCCAGAUCAAGGUUACCGAAAUUUUCGCCGAACUGGAUCAAAUACAUCAGAGGAACUUCCGACUACUUUGGAUUGAAUCAUUACACCACCUUCGAGGUAUCACCUAGAACAAAAAAACCAGACGACGUAUGGGGUCUUGACUCUGGUCUGGAGAAAAGUGUGGAUCCAAGCUGGCCUCGGACAGCUUCUGCCUGGCUGAGGGUAACUCCGUUCGGCUUCGGAGAUAUUCUCAGACAGAUUAAAGACGAGUACCAAAACCCACCUGUUUAUAUUCUCGAGAACGGUGUUUCGGACUCGGGAACACUGACCGACCAUCAGAGGAUCGGUUACUUCUACUCGUACCUGAAGGAACUCAUUACAGCGGUCAAACGGGAUGGGUGUAACGUGCCACUUUAUACCAUGUGGAGCCUUCUCGAUAACUUCGAGUGGAAUAGAGGAUAUACAGAGCGUUUUGGCAUCUUACAUGUGGAUUUCAAUAGUUCAAACAGAACUCGAACACCCAAGCUGUCAGUGGAUUGGUGGAAAAAUGUUUUAAGAACUCGAAAGCUGCAGCCUGUGACUGAGUACUGGUAGAUGAACGAUGUGCCGUUACUGACAUAUAUUAUUUCAUAUCAUAUCUAUAUUUCAUACGCGUUAUAAUUUUCAUUUCCUCGAUUUUCCUGCGGUGUAUUUCUCUGUAUUCUCGUUCAAAAUUAUUUUCUGUGAUACCUUCUAGGGAGAAGUAAUACUGUGCAAAGAGAGACUUAAAAGAUAAAAACUUAGCAAUUUCAUUGGUCGAUAAACGCUAAGAGACAGCCCAGGAAAAAAAUUUUGGAUCUAUGUAUAAAUUUUUUUCAUAGAUUUUGAAUAAAUUUGAUGAACUUGGAUCUAAAUUUUAAAGAAUCAUAUGUUUACCGAGAUUUCCGUAGAUAUCAGUAGAUUUAAGUACCCUUGAGUUAGUCUAAUAUUGUGGACAAACGCUUAUGCUUCUUAGAGCUCCCUACAUCUACUUAAAUCUCAGUCCUGGGUACUUACCCGAUUUUAUUUUAAUAUAUCUUUCUUAACUAGGUGUACUAUAUAUAAACUAAAUAUGACAUCUUGACCUCGUAAGAUUACACACGAUUUCUUUUUCUUUUUCUCCUCUCCGAGGUGUGUGGAAGGCAGUUGUACUUUGUCAGUGAUACGAGCCGUUUGAUGUACACGAAGAGAACGGUGUGUUACAAUGCCAGUUAUGUAGAAACCAGUAUAAAAUUUUGAUAAAUACUUUCUUAUUACUAUCUACAUCAGAUCCAAAAAGUGAUUUAUCUACCUCGUAAUCCAACAGUUUCCACCUGGCCUGCAGCUGGCACUACACAGCCAUUCAGGUUUUUGUGGAAUAAUGAAGCUGCGGAUAAAAACAUCAAAAAUAAUAAUGUAACAAGUUGGUGUUUCUGUCAAUUUGCGUUAUUCGAAAAUUCGGUAGAUAUACUCGUUGUGAAAGUAACUAUGCUAAAAAGUGCAUGGACGAUGUAAAUUGUUACGAGAAAACACUCAGUUCCUCAAUGGCAAUCCCAAAAACGUUCAUAUUAUAAUCACAUCUAGCUUUAUACUUAGGAUAUAAUCAUGUAUCCAUUAUUUUGGUAUAAUUACUGUAUCAUGGGUUACAACGAAGUCAUAGAAAAAGGUAAUUAACAAAAAAAUGCUAAAGUCAUUGUGUAUAAUUCUACUUUGUAAAAAUUGAUAUACUCCAGCUCGAAAAAACCCAGCUGCAGGGUAAAGUUGAACGAUCCUAACAGAUAUGCCGCCUAGGCUGUCGAAUCCUGAAGACUUGGCGGAGAAAGAAUGCCCCCAGAAAACAAACCCAAAAAUAGACGAAGGGAGGGCAUAUUUUGUAACGGGAAUAGAACAGGAAAGUGCUUGGGCCAAGCAGGACAGUUUA